AUUUCGAGGAAACCAGAAUGCUUUCAAUGGCGCAGCCAUAAGAAAUUUAAAUGGCUUAACAACAAGAGCUUUACGGUUUAUUCCAUUAUCGUAUGAAGUUCAACCUUGUAUGAGAAUUGAGAUCUGUGGUCAGAGAGCCGCUGGCUUUUUUGUGAAACAUGUUAAGACAGGGAUGUGUGUUAUCGACACAGAAGUUGUGAAACAUUCAGGCCCAUUUUGGGGUAGCUUGUCUUUUUUGGAACUUUCUAACAACUCGUGUUUCGAUGAAGCUGCUCAGUUUCGGUUUCGUGAUAAUGGCGCCUUGUUCAACAUUAAGAGAAAAGGAUGUCUCGCUGCUUAUUUUAAACAUAAUUUUGGUUCCCAAUUUGAUGUUUUUUAUCUCUACGUCCCCGCUACAUCACUGGCAUUAGAUUAUUCUGCCUGUGCGCAAGAUCCUGGAAAGAAAAUCUAUCGUCGUAUAACCCAGACAUUUUGGGGAGGUUUAUCUGUAUAUUAUAAAGGUUAUACGAAAACAACAUUUCAGAAGUGGUGUGCAGUCCCUAAAACACACGCCCCGCUCGCUCAAAAAGAAGGAAUUGAUCCCUACAUUGGAUUGACAACAGAUUGUAAUGACACUGAGGAUAAACGUUUCAUUUUUGGCUCAGUGACGUGUUAUGGGAAGAUGGUAGGCAAUAUCAACUGUCCUAAAGAUCAGUUCAUGGUGGUCAAGACUGCAUCUUACCGUGGAUUGUCUGACUCAAAGACAUGUGGUUUGAGUGAUGAUUAUAGUUGUACAGUUGAUGUAACAUGUCUUGUAAAGAAACAAUGUGAUGGUCAACAUGAGUGUAAAAUAACUGUGAAUGAAACGUUGUUUUCUGAUGAUUUUUGUCAUGGAUGGAACAAAUAUCUUUACUUUGAAUAUCAAUGUAUUGAUACUGCGAAAUCUUAUAGCGUUGUUUGUGCUCCAGAAGGUCCUCCACUGAACGUCAAAGUCACUGCAGAAAGUUCAUCCUCAUUAUCAGUCACGUGGGAUCCUCCUGAAGAAGAGAAAAGAAAUGGCGUGAUCGUCAAUUAUACUGUGUGUAUCUCACAUAAAGAAACUAAACCUUGCUUUAAAGAACCUACUACAGAGAAGAUGAUGUUAGUCAUCGACAGUUUGAAUGCAUCAACCAAAUAUUUUGUUCGUGUUCUUGCAAGUACUAGAGUUGGUCGAGGAAACUACAGUAAAAGUCAGGGAAUGUUUACAAAUGGAGAAGGAACAAAGGUGGCAACAAAGAGAACAGAAACUACAUUAACUUUCUCGUUACAAAUUCCUUCAGAAAAUUUUACGUAUUUUUACCUGGUAGCUUUGGAAUUGAGAAAAAGCAGCGACUGUCUUCGACCAUCCAGCAGUUACAAUGAUCUAGUGACAUACAAAGAAGCUGAAACGUCAGCUCAACCAAAACCUUAUAUUGCCGCCGUCAUAACAAGCAGAGAUAAAAACAUGUUUAUACUUGGUGAUGGUGGAAAUACAAGUUCUCAAACAACACGAAGACGAAGAUCAACAACAAAUUAUUAUUAUAAUGGACCGCUGGAGUCUGGAGCAAGUUACAGUAUUUUUCAAAGGAUCUUUCUUGAUGACAAGGGUGAAUUUUACUCCACUGAUUGGAGUCCCGCAUCGACAACGGUAACACAAGCGCCAAGACCGACCCUUACCACAAACACAGGUAUUGCAUAUAAAUAA